AUGGCCAAAGGAGCGGGAGGUCGCUGGGGCCUGGGAGGAUCGCAGGACCGCGGGGUGCGCUGGAAGCUGCCGAGCUGGGGCACAGCAGAAGCAUCCGGCCGCUCCGUGCUCCUGAAAACGUUGCUGCUUCUGGGGCAAAUGAAGCUGUAUCCGAGCUUGCUAUUAAAUAUUAACCCGAGGGGAUUCAGGAAUGGGCUCCUGCACAAACCACAAAUCGCUGGCACUGUAACAAGGUUUUCUGUAAGGCACCCAGUGUGUUCCAUGGGAAACAGCAGCAGCCGGCUCUACAGCGCGCUCGCCAAGACGCUGAGCAGCAGUGCCGUGUCCCAGCACCAGGACUGCCUGGAGCAGCCGGACUCAACGCGGCUGGAUCCUAUAGACCCCAAGGAUUUGCUGGAGGAAUGUCAGAUCGUUCUGCAGAAACGGCCACCCCGGUUUCAGAGGGACUUUGUGGACCUGAAGCAAAACACUGCCAGUAACCACCGCCCCAUUCGGGUCAUGCAGUGGAACAUCCUUGCCCAAGCUCUCGGAGAAGGCAAAGACAACUUUGUUCGGUGCCCCAUAGAAGCUCUGAAAUGGGAAGAGAGGAAGUGCCUCAUCCUGGAGGAAAUCCUUGCAUACAAGCCUGACAUCUUGUGCCUGCAAGAAGUCGAUCACUACUUUGACACCUUUGAGCCGCUCCUCAGCCGGCUCGGCUACCAGUGUACUUUCUUCCCAAAGCCGUGGUCCCCGUGCCUAGACGUGGAGCAGAACAACGGGCCGGAUGGCUGCGCCUUGUUUUUCCUCAAAGACCGCUUUGAGCUCAUCAACAGUGCUAACAUCCGGCUAACCGCCAUGAAGCUGAAGACCAACCAAGUGGCCAUAGCUCAGACGCUGAAGUGCAAUGAAACUGGGAGACUGUUCUGCAUUGCCGUCACUCACCUGAAAGCCCGUACUGGCUGGGAGAGGUUUCGGUCCGCGCAAGGCUGCGAUCUUCUCCAGAACCUGAAGAGUAUCACCCAAGGUGCGAAGAUCCCUCUGAUCAUCUGCGGAGACUUCAACGCGGAGCCAACCGAGGAGGUCUACAGAGAAUUUUCCAACUCCAGCCUCAACUUAAACAGUGCGUACAAGCUGCUGAGCCCCGAUGGGCAGUCAGAGCCCCCGUACACCACCUGGAAGAUCCGGCCCUCAGGAGAGUGCCGGCACACGCUGGAUUAUAUCUGGUAUUCCCAGCACGCCUUGAAAGUGAACUCAGCCCUGGGCUUGCUGACUGAAGAGCAGAUUGGGCCCAACAGGCUGCCAUCGUUCAAUUACCCUUCUGAUCACCUGUCGCUGGUGUGUGACUUUAGUUUUAAUCAAGACCCUGACAGACUGCUGUAAUGUGCUGGAAUGCCACCUGGUAUUGCAGUGUCUUAACUCAUCGCUAUUUUAUUUUAGAGAAAACUUUUGAAGCUGGAAGCUAUUGAAGGGUGAGGAAGUUCUGUUGACUAAACAUUAUUUCAGGCACUUGUUUGGAGUUACACUUGCUGUUCAGCGCUUGUUAAGCUGGAGCCUCCAAGGGAGGAAGAAAGGAAUCGGUGUUCUCGUCAUGGUGUUCUUGCCAUGUCAGGGUUUUAAAAACCGGAAGGCAAAUGAGCUUUAUCCUUUCACUAACCCCUGUGUUUAAGGAUUUAAUCCUCUAAUGAAUGUGGAGGCCUUAGUAUUUAAAUUAAAACACUUGUGUUUGUAAAACAACUUGCCCUGACAGCAUGCUAAUUUUAUUUAUUUCAUGUUA